GGCUCCGUGCAUUGAGUCAUGUAGUUGCGCGGGUAGCGGUAGGAGGACGCCACUGGGCGCCGUCAGGCUCGCCGUCAGGCCGUCCUGGUCAGAGCCGCGGGGAUGGCGUCGCCUAGUGGGCCGGCACCCACACUGCUCCUCCCGCUCGUGCUGUUGCUCUGCUCGGGGACUCUCCAGGUGGCGGUGGGCGGCCACGGCGCGAGCGGCGCGCGCACGGUGCUGCAGUCCCCGGUGGCGCCCAGAGACGCGGCCGAGGCUGCGGCGCGGUGCUGCGGUCCGGCGUCCGCGCUGCUCCCGCAGCCCCCCCUGGGGCACCCGGGCCCCGCGCGGUGCUGCGGCCAGGGCUGGGGCCUCCACUGUUGCAUCGGGGCGGCGUGCUGCCUCGCCGACGUCGUGGUGCCCGUGCCCCCCGUGCCGGGGGUGCCCGGGGUGCCGACGCCCAAAGGGCUCGCCCAGCCAAGCUCCGCAGCCCUCGGCGGCGGGCCCUUGGCCAGGCCUGCCGAGCGCACCCUUUACGGCAGCGACCCCUGGUGGAAGAAAGACUGGGCGCAAUGGCUCAACCUGGGCAUCGUGCUGCUCGUCGUGGCGGUGGUGGGCGGCAUCCUGACGUGCUGCUGGCACCGCUGGCGCCGGGACACGGCCUUCCACAUUCGGCAGCAGCGACUGCUCGGAGACUCCGGCCUCUACAGCUACGGCGCCACAGGCGAGUCAUUCAACGGUUUCAUUUCCCUACGUUAUGCUGACUAUACUCUUCGUUUUCUGGUCAGAGCAGGUCAGAGUAUAUAUACGAGGCAGCUGGCUCUCUUCCUCCCAUUGAGAUCUAAUAAGAGUGAGAAAGACAGCUGGACAUUUCGGAUGCACACAGCGUAACGAAACCAGUAAACGCCCUAUUCGUGUAUCCAUCCCUCCCGAAGUAUGUUACUGAGUGGUG